CUCUUCAAAACUUCAAUUGCACACAAAACUCCCCUCCAAACUCCAAAGCAACUCUCAGAAGUCAGAACAAUAAACAAAUCUAAAAUAAGUUGCAAAAGAAAUAUCUUCUCAAAGAGCUCCCAUGAGCCAUGGCGUCCUGCAUCUCCCCAUCUACUACAAAUCCUCUUCAAAGCACAACCUACAACUCCCGAUUCAAACCACGGGUUCCAAUUUCAAUCACCUUUAUCUGUUCUUCUAAUCACAGGGCGCUAAGGAUGAAUUGCAAUGCGGCUGCAAAGCAGCAGACCGGUCCAGUGAAGAAGCGAACGAAUUCAAAAACAAAGAAAAAGAGGAACCCGGGUAGCAAUAAUAUUGUGGACGCUGACGAUAUUUAUGAAGAUUUUGAGUUCGAAUCGAACGAUGGAGCACCGCCGCCUCCAGAAGCUUACCACCCGUUGCCGCUGCCUAAACCUCCCGCCGGCUUCGUCCUGGAUGAGGAAGGCCGGGUUCUCAUGGUCUCUGAAAAGCGUCUUGUUACGAUUGUGGAUCCAACCAAUAAUUCACCUUUAGAGUGUGUUAUUAGGAGGAUAUGCAGAACUACACAGGGGGUUGAGUGUAUGCUGCUCUGCCCUGUUGAUAUGCCCAUUAUGAUCUUGAAGAGCACAAAUGUCGUGGGGUGGUCAGCUGUCAGUGAUGAUGAAGUUGAAACUAUCCUCCCUAUGGCAGCCUAUGCUCUUGCCAAGAUUCACAUUCAUCUUGUACAUAGUGGGUUUUGCUAUACUGCACGUGGAGGAUUUUGCUAUACAGAGGGUGACAUCUUUGAUCUUUGCACGGAUGAAGGUCAGAGAGAUGACGGUGUGCCAACUGAAGGAGUAGAAAUCACAUGCUUCAAUCUUGACGGUUCUCACUACAUGAUUUUCACACCUUCAGAUCCACUUCUUUUUGUUGCCGUAAAGGAUAAAGAUGGUAUAUUUCAAAUUGCAGAUGAUGAACUGCUGGAAGACCCAGCAAUUGUACGUACAAUUGAUGAGGAGACAGAAUUCAAUGCUUUAGUGGAAGAGGAGAUUGCCCUUUUCGAGUCGCUUUUGGGUGAAAGAUGACAACACCCAGUAUCGUAAUAUGGAACUAUCCCUGUAUACAAGAUUACAAGUACACAUGAGUGCCCAUCUUGAGGAUAGACUAGAAGAUGGCGAUGUAUAUGGCGGCAACUAGUCUGUGUUGCCGUUAGGUUUUUGUUGAUGGUUGAUGCACAUGCACCUGGCCACUUGUCCUUCCGUCACGUAUUACUAUUAGGGAAAAGUACAAAUAUAUCCUUUUAGUAUGGAUGGAGAAACAAAUGUAUCUCUGUUCUAUUUAUUAGAAUCUAUUUAUUAGAACAAAUAUACUCUUUAGCUUUUAAAAAGUGUAAAAAUAUCCCUCAUAUUCUUACAAAAGAGCAAAUUUAUUCUUAUUAACUUUAAAUAGAUAAAAUAAAUUUCAA